AUGACUCAACUGAGCAAUUGCAAUGUAUGGUGCGCUAUUUGCGGAGGUCCAGUCGCUUCAUACAACAUAACGUCAUAUUACAAUCGCCCAAAGGAUUGCUACAAGUAUGACCCAGAUGUCAUCGACCCAGCCGACGUUGAGUGGACAAAUCAAACCCAACUCCUGGGCUAUAAUCCUUCAGCUGCUGAGAAUUCCAAGUUCUACGUAUCUGGGCUACUUAGAGUUCUGCGGUUCUUGACCUUAUCUUCCGAAGCGCGACAAGAUCCCAAUCUUGAAGGCAUUGACGUGCGUUCUCUGAAAGUCUACAAGAACGAGAAAUGUCGUGAACGAGUGAUUCCCUUCCACCCGGAAUGCUAUGAGACUCUGGCACGCUAUUUGACUGGGACGCCUGAUACAACCAAGAUCAACAAAGGGGCACUCUAUAGAGCCUUUGACCGAUUCUCUGUUAUCAGGAAGAUACGGCCACCAGAUCUAAGGUGUCUUUCCCUGGAUUAUGGGGAUGUCAACGAGGCUCAGAGUUGUUAUUGGAUAUGCACACAUGGCAAGGAGUAUACAGUCUCCAAUCCGCAAUACAGUACUGAAGUCAGGAAUGAGAUUGUUUCUUACAUUGCAGGUUCUGAGUUCAAGAGCGAGACUCUUCAGUUCUACUGUGGAGUCAAGACAGAGUCAAACCCACUGGCACCUCUUCCCGAAACAGUCAUAGUUACAAUUUCAGAAUUCUUGGACAAUACAAGUCUUAUGAUUCUCCUAUGCGCCUCGUUGACGACAUUCUUGAGUCUGAGGGAUAAUGCUUCUUUCUGGAAGAGACUAAUAGUAACGCACUUGCCCUACUUUUUCGAACUACACGACUACUUGAGAGAACAGUCUCAAACUUCAGAGAGCAGGGACUUCAGGAAGAUUUUCCUAUGGGCCGAGCAUGCUUCAAAGCCUAUUGACCCUCGCUGGGAUCGCAAUCGACGCAUGAUCGGCAGGGAUCACAUGGAUAUGGAGGAUGUCAGGGGGCCUUGGACCAAGGAACAGUAUGACAGGCGCAAUGAGUCGACUAUACAUACAGGCAUGAGCAAGUUUGGCAUUAUCACGAAAAGGAUUACAGAUGGGCCUAAAGUAGAUAUCUAG